AUGGCCGCCAUAGUGCGCGUGUUGUCUCACGCCGUCAACAAACCGUACCGAACGAAAGAACUCGACCUCACAGCUCCGCCAUACCUGAACCAAAAUGGUUACGUCGAUUUUGCCCCGGGGGACAUCGAGAAUCCCCAGAAUUGGUCCAUGGGGAGAAGGGCAGCUAUAACGAUCGCGGGCGUUUUACUCGUUAUGAACGCUACUUUCGCAUCGAGUGCUCCGAGUGGAUGUUUCGAGUCAAUGGCUGAGCAUUUUAGUAUCUCGACUGAAGUGGCGGGUCUCACAAUAACCGUUUUUUUGCUGGGAUAUUGCGCCGGUCCUCUUAUUUUCGCUCCCCUGAGUGAAUUCUACGGCCGAAGAUGGAUUUUCUAUAUCUCCUUCUUGCUUUACCUCGUCUUCAACUUCUUGUGCGCCUUCACGCCGAAUCUGGGAGGUCUAUUGGUCGGUCGCUUUCUGACAGGAACCUUUGUCUCGGCACCUCUGAGCAAUACACCGGGGCUACUGGCUGAUUUAUGGAAUCCGUUACAACGAGGAAAUGCGAUGGCAGGGUUUUCUGCAAUGGUGUGGAUUGGGCCUGCGCUUGGACCGGUUGUGGCUGGGUUCCUGGAACUCAAGGAAGAUUGGAGAUGGAGUUUCUAUGUGCUUCUCUGGCUUGGUGCUGCCACGGCUGUCUUCAUGUUCACCAUUCCAGAGACAUACGCGCCUACAAUCCUUUACAAUAAAGCGAAGCGCAUCCGAAACGCCCAGAUACCCGGAUACGAAAAUGUGAAGGCGGCAUCAGAGGACAACGACCGUACACUUAUCGCGAUAUACAAAGUUGCGCUAACACGUCCUUGGUUGAUUCUGCUUGAUCCGAUCUCGUUUCUGGUCGCAAUCUAUAUGGCCGUCGUGUAUACCUUGCUUUACAUGCUUUUCAGCAUUUAUCCGAUUGUUUUCCAGGAGAGGCGCGGGUGGAACUCCGGCGUUGGCGAAUUGCCCCUGGUCGGAACCGUGGUUGGCGCACUGUUUGGCGGAUGUAUUGUUUUGGUUGAUACCCAUCUCCGAACACAAAAGAUCAAGAGGGGAGAAAGAAAGCUGGAGGAUUCUACACCCGAAGACCGCUUACCCUUGGCAAUGAUCGGUGGAAUUGGAUUCUCUGGUUGUAUGUUCUGGUUCGCUUGGACGGCUGAGUACAACUCUAUUCACUGGAUAGUACCUACUAUAGCCGGGGGUUUCCUUGCCAGCUCUAUGCUACUCUUGUUCGUCUCAUACUUGAACUUCCUGGUUGAUGUGUACAUGAUGUAUGCCGCCUCUGCAAUUGCUGCAAACACCAUCAUCCGAUCUGCCUGUGGAGCUGCGGCGCCUCUAUUUACAAAUCAAAUGUUCGCCGCGCUCGGCAUAGGAGGUGGUGGAAGUUUGAUUGGGGGUGUCGCUGCAUUACUGGCUGUUGUGCCCUUCCUUUUCUACCGCUACGGUAAGCAGAUUCGGAUCAGAAGCAAGUUUGCACCUACACCACCGCCUGCUCCACAGAAUAGAGAUGAGGAAAGCAAUGUUACAGACAGUGAAGAUACGGACUCUCCAGCCUCGAGAUCAAUUGAAAAUGAUGAGGAAAGGUUGAAGGAAGAAGGCCAGACCGCAUAA